AUGAAUAAUACAAUUCAAAGUUUAAGAAGACCUGUAACCUCUUAAAAUUAUAGAUCGACUGAUAAGUUGGAAAAACCAAAUAAUGAAAAACUGCCCAAUUUAAGUGAGGUUAUGAGUCUCAAAUUGAAAUAACAGAGCGAGAAGGAUUUAUAGGAGCUUAUAACAAAUUUAGUGAAAAAGGUUCAACAACAGAAUUCGGCAUUAGCAUUAAAGGAGAAAUAGAUUUUGCAAUAUGAAUUCAUGAUUAAGUCACUUUAGAUAGCAAUAGACAAACGAGAUUGCAUAAUCAGUGCAUUAAGAGUUGAAAAAUAGUAAAUUGUUGAAGUAGUGAAUCCUCUCAAAAAUGUUGUUAAAUCAGAUGAUUCUUCAAGAUAGUAGAGUUUUAGAGGCAAAAAAUCAUUAAGAACCAGAACCAAGGACACCAAUUUUGAUGAAAAUCUCACUGCUAUUUUAGAUUCGGAUUAUGGUACGUUGUAUUCUCUAGAUUUAAAGCUUUGCUAAGCUAAUACGUGAAAUGUUACGAAGAUCUCAGUCACUUGAGUUAAAUAAAGACUCUAGUUUCAAAUGAGGAGUAAUUUCUUGCAAAUAUAUAAAAAAUGGAACUAAGUAAUAUUGUGAAUAUUUUUGAUGCAAUUUAGUUAGUAUUGCAUGAACACAAAUUGCUAUUUAAAAAUGUUAUUAAGUAAAAUAAACUAUUUGAAGCUUGUCUAGAAAUGCAUGAAGUAAUUGUAUAUAAUAAACUAGCAAAUUCCAUUAAAUGAUCAAUUAGAAAAUUUGUAAGACUUAUUAAAAGAUUGUCUGAAUUGUGACCGAGUUUAAGUUUAUGUAUUGGACAAUGAAUAAUAGGAAUUGUGGACUAAGUUGAAGGAUAGAGUGUAAAGAAUCAUAGUAGGUGAGGAUAUAAUAGGAGCAUGUUUUUAGGAGAAAGGGAUUAUUAAUGUACAUAACGCCUACAAUGAUCCCAGGUUCAAAAAAGAUAAUGAAAAAGGAUACAAAACAAACACUAUUUUAUUAUGUCCAAUUUUAGACAAGUAAUAGAAUUCUAUUGGAGUUAUUAUGGCUGUUAAUAAAAUAAAUGGACACUUUAAUAAUGAUGACCAACUCUAUAUAACAAAGACUUCAGAAUUGACAUCUAUUUUAUUGAGAAAUCAUCAACAAUCCAAUGAAUCAAUCAGUAUUUAGAAUGCACUUAGAAACGUGAUUUAUGUAUUGAUCAUUCUAUGUUAGGCAUAAUUAUAACUUAUUUAUAUGAAUGAUCUGGAACACAUACUUUUUGAGUCCGAAAACUUGUUGAAGAAUCUGUUUCAUACUUAGAAAGGACUGAUUUAUGUUGUGAAUAAUAAUAGGUUACUUAGAGUGAACGAAAAGAAGCUACUUGAGAUUUCUCAAUUGGGAGUAGGUAUAAUUGGAGAAGCUCAUAUUACUAAAGAAUUCUUAUGCAUUUAGAAUGCCUAUAACCACCAAUCGUUCAACAGUCUCAGUUUGUAAUUAGAUGAUUGAUAUGUUUAGUUGAUAUACAAACUACGAUGCCAAUUUAUUGCAUUGAGAUCUAAGGGAAAACCCAUUGCCUCAUUUUAUAGGUUAUUAAUAAUAAGGGAAUCAGAUCUUAAAAAGUCUGUUCAUUUGAUCAGGAAUUAUUAGAGAUGUUUGGAAAAUUAAUAUUAAGCAAAAUUGAUUUUAUAUAAAUAUGA